UAGCAUGAGCAGGAAUUUGAGCUGCGGGUGCAGAUGUCUGGGUACAAGCGCAUGCGGCGGCAGCACCAAAAGCAGCUGAUCGCCCUGGAGAACAGGCUGAAGGCCGAGAUGGACCAGCACCGGCUCCGACUACAGAAGGAAAUAGAGACACAGGCCAACAACACCUACAUCGAACUGGAGCGGCUCGCCAAGAAACAUGCUGCUCAGACCGACAAGGAGAUGAAGACCGCUGCAUCAGAGGAGAGGAGGAUCCAGCAGCAGAUCGUGGCUCAGCAGAAGAGGGAGCUCGCUGCUUUCUUAGAGAACCAGAAAAAAGAGUACAGACUUUGCAAAGACAAGCUAAAAGAGGAGAUGAGUGAGGACCCCUGUACGCCCAAAGAGGAGAAGCAGGAGCGACUGUCGCGACACAAAGAGACAGUGCAGCGUUCUCAGGCCGAGGAGGAGGCUCACGUACUGGCCCAACAGAGGCUGGUCUACGACCGCAGCUGCAGAGCACUCAAACGCCGCUCACUCAUCAAGAAGCACGAGUUUGAGCAGGAGCAGAUCAGAGAGGAACUGAACAAGAAGCGGACACAGAAGGAGAUGGAGCACGCCCUCCUGAUCCGGCACGACGAGGCCACACAGGACCUGGAGCGACGGCAGCUGCAGAUGCUGCACAAACUGAGGGUGGAGCUAAUGCGCCUCCAACACCAGACGGAGCUGGAGAACCAAGAGGAGUACAACACCAGGAGGCAGAGGGAGCUCCAUCGGAAACACUCCCUGGAGAAGAGGCAGCAGCCCAGGGACCUCAAGACGAUGGAGAUGCAGAUAAAGAAGCAGUUCCAGGACACGUGUAAAGUCCAGAACAAACAGUACAAAGCUCUGAAGAAUCACCAGCUGGAGGUGUCUCCCAGAGGAGACCACAGGAGCCUCCUGAGAAACCUGAAGGACGAGCAGACGCGUAAACUGGCCGUGCUGGCAGAGCAAUACGAGCACAGCAUCAACGAGAUGGUGACCUCACAAGCGAUGCGUCUGGACUCGGAGCAGGAGUCGGAGCUGGUGGCUCUGGAGCAGCAGCUGAAGCAGGAGAUGGAGCUGCUGGACGCGUACCAGAGGAAGACCCAAGUCCAGAUGGAGGGUCAGCACGAGCGUGAGCAGCAGAAACUCCAGCAGAAGGUCUCCAUACGCAGAGCACACCUGGAACAGAAGAUUGAAGAAGAACUGGCAGCACUUCAGAAAGAACGAACAGAGAGGAUCAAGCAGCUGUUUGAACGACAAGACAGAGAACUGCACACGUUUGACUCAGAGACGCGAGGCCUGGGCUUCGGGAGUCUGGGCUCUCUGGACUUCCCCAAAGAAGAAAACAGAUGA